AUGAAGCUGUUCAGCCUGAGCAUACUCUACAAAGGUGACCCCAAGGCGGUGCUGCUCAGGGCUGCCUACGACGUGUCGUCCCUCAGCUUCUUCCAGAGGACCAGUGUUCAGGAAUUCAUGACCUUCACCAGCCAGCUGAUUGUGGAGCUCUCUGCCAAAGGCAGCAGAACUUCCAUCAAGGAACAAGAAUAUCUGUGCCACGUUUACGUGCAGAACGACAGUCUUGCAGGAGUGGUCAUUGCUGACAGCGAGAACCCAUCCCGGGUGGCUUUCACCUUGCUGGAGAAGGUGCUGGACCAUUCCUCCAAGCAGGUGGACAGGAUCAACUGGCCAGUCGGAUCCCCUGCUACCAUCCACUACACAGCCCUGGAUGACUUCCUUAGUACCUACCAGAAUCCCCGAGAAGCUGACCCCGUGAGUAAAGUGCAGGCAGAACUUGAUGAGACCAAGAUUGUUCUGCACAACCCCAUGGAGUCCCUGUUAGGAGGAGGCAAGUAG